AUGGCUUCCGCACUUCCUGCCUCUCUCUCACUGUACGGCGCUACCGUAACGAGAACCUUCACCACCACCUACAACGCGACCCCCAACGAGCUCUCAUAUACGAUUCUGUACCCACCUGCCUCUGUUAUCGGAAGCCUACAGUUUACAGUCGUUCCUCCCUACUCUCCGAAUCAGAUCGCUCCAAGUCCUCCACCUACCUUGACCCUAACGGAUGUCGUUGGCAUUGCAUAUAGCAAUAACGGCGUACCCUUGAUGACUGCAACCUUAGCACAAGGUGCCGCACAUUCCACUCCUACAUAUGUUACUGUGGUUCCUUCUGCGAGUUCGACGGUCGUUGUUACAACUGGUGGUUCGUGCGUGGACUGGAGCUGCUGGGGCCAGGGCAAGCAAGGAGGGUUCAUAGCCUGUGUCAUCAUUCUCUUGGUCGCUCUAAUCAUUGGUUUAUGGUGGAUCUUUCAAGUACGACCAAACAUUCUGGGGAGAUGGGGAAAGGCAAAGCCUAGUGACGAUGAGGAAUUGGGUAUACCUGGCCUUGAUAUCGUCCCAAGACGCCGACGAAGAAGAAGCUCCGACUCGGGCACUGUGACCGAGCAGGUCAUUCGGAACUCAAGAACCAUGGAGGUUGUACCGGAAGGUACGAUGACCGUACCAGCCUAUCGUGUAUAUCACAGUUCGAGUGGGUCCAGCAGCGAUCCUCGAGUGGGGGAGCCGAUUGUCAAUGGCGGACUGGACCGAAUUUCAAGACAUAGCAAAUCAUCCAGCAGCUCCGGGUCUUCGAGGGGUAGCAUAAAGAAGCGAUCUUCGACGUACAUUGGUGAACUGCACCCCUACCGUUCUAUCUAUACCAACACGCCAGCCCCGCCAGUUCCGGACGAUGUCAGUGUGAAGGAUUGGGCCUAUGACGCCGCAGUCGCUGGGGAGAUUGGCGGAAUUGAGGCAGUACCAGGCUCAAAUGUCUGGAAAGGAAGUAUUGGUUACAGGAAGCCCAAAGGUCGGCGCACAAGCCAACACUGUGCGGAAGCCCGAAAGUCUGUUUCGGGUGUCCUGGUCACCAAACCCGUUAACCCUUCAGCAUGUGUCAUAAACUGA